UUGUUACAAAUGAAUCAAGAUGGCGCCAUGCAGAAUAAGCCAGUGACAUCGCAGGUUGUAAAAUGAAUUCAUAUUUAAUUUUAGCAGAAAAUUGAUAAAUCUUAGGAUGGAUGUUGAUGGGUUACCUAUAAUUGGCCCGGGUGUGGACUACACUCAGGUUGGUGCCAUUCACCAGAAGAGGACACUUGCAUUUAUAAAUCACUUCAUCACAAACACGGUUUCAUUCCUUAAUAAAUUUUCACAUUCAUGUGAACUCCGUCUUGAAAAGUUUGAUACACAGAUACAGAAGCUUGAGGCUUCACUUAGUAUUUUGGAAGCAAAGUUGAGUUCAAUUUCUGAACUUGAAAAUGUGACAGUGGAGCAAGAGGUUGAUAAGAAUCCUGAGAGAAAGAUGCAGUAUGAUAAAGAUGAAACCAGACUACAAGAUAUGAAAGAAGUUAAUACACUCCAGACAGAAAUAGCUAACCUUCAAACAGAGCCUAAAGAAGAAAUUACUAUGGCUGCUAAUGAUUCUCAGUAUGCCAGGUUCUUCCGAAUGAUCCAAGUUGGUGUUCCGGUUCAAGCAGUACGUUUGAAAAUGCAAUAUGAAGGUCUUGACCCAAGUAUUCUGGAGGACAACCCACACAUGGCUAUGCCAAAAUCUCAACCCCAAAAUGUGUCCAAUGAACAUUCAGAAAGCAGCUUCAGUGAUUAGAUAAAACUAUUUAAACAUGUAUAAAAUGUAUUACCUACUGAAAUAAAAAGCAUUUGUAUUACAUAACUUUUUUAUUGGGUCUUAUUCACAGCUUUUAGAACUGGAUCAUUUGGCCCUGAAAAAUAAAGAAAACGUUAAUGAAUUA